GAUAAAAGACGGAAUAACACGGACUGUGGAAUUUAGAGGGAAUAAUGUCUGGAUCCUCUCUAAUGGUAAUUAAAUAUAUCUUGUUAAAUUUAUUUCACAAAUCUUUUGACAUCAACAAAAUAUGAUGGCACGUAGAAUAUAUUAAAUGUAGAAAAUUCUACGAAAUAAGUUAAUGUUACAAGAUGACAGAAGCAAAUUCUUUACGCUUAAAUUUUAUUUCCCUAAUUCUAUUUUAAAAAACUAUGAAUUUGCAGAAGACAUUUACAGUCUAGCAAAUCUUCAAGGGUACAUUAGUUUGUUGAAAUGAUAUUAUGAAAAUCAAUAGUCUAGCGAUUCCGGAUUGACAAUUAAAAUAUUUAACGCUACAAGAACCUCACCUCUUCCUUUCGAACGAGGCUGCAGUUCCCCGAUUCGGCACACUGACAGCGAAAUUUGGAGACUCGACUCUAGUGCAAUGAACAAAGUAACAAUAGUAACAACGAACGAAAAAAGUGAGGAGAUAAGGGAUUCCUAA